GCCUGUGUGCGCGAGUGGAGGUGUCACAGGAGAGGUGAGUGGUGCCUUUGUUUGGAUGUAAACCGCUGAAACAAAUAAGUAGGGCUGGCCGCUAAUCUCGCAGAAUAUGCAAAGCUGCAAACACCCUAGGGGCUGCAGGAAGAGACACGGCUGGAGCCGAGACACGGCAGGAACCAGUGCAUCUGUGGAAUAACUAUCAUAAGGAAGGAGUGUGCGGAUGGUGCACUGUGUAUGAGUGCAACUGGGAAAAGGAAAGUCGUGGAUCGACUAAGUGUUUUUUAUUUAACUUCUGUAAUAAUUUCCAAACACUCUCGAUAAAAAACUUCUAAUUUGGGAAGAAGGCAAGUGUGAUUACAGCGGUGGGAUAUCCUCUCCGGAGCUCAUCCACCUGUUGGAGCUGCUCUCAUCGGUCCAGGUUUUCAAAGAGAAUAAUAGACUCUGCAGCGAAGCCAUGGAGCCGACCAGUGCUCCGAGGGGAUGUGGCUCCAGCAUCAGCUCCAUAUAUUACAACCUGUGCGACCUUACUAAAGUGUGGGGGGUCGUGGUGGAGGGCGUGGCUGCUGUUGGCGUGGUGACCUCCUUUGUCCUGUUCAUCAUCCUCAUGGCCUGCUUACCGUUUGUGACAGACAAGACGAGAAAGGGUACGAUGGCCUUCCAGGCCGGCAUUCUAAUCUUUACUCUGGCCCUCUUUGGACUUACGUUCGCCUUCAUCGUGGGCCGGUCCUCCACCAGCUGUGCUGCGCGCAGGUUCCUGUUCGGAGUGCUGUUCUCAGGCUGUCUAGCCCUCCUGGUGAUGCAUGGGCUGUGGCUUGCCCUGCUGGAGCAGAGAGGCCGGGCUCCCAGAGUCUGGGUACUGUGCCUGGGAGCCCUGGGUCUGUGGCUGGUUGAGGUGAUCAUCAACACAGAGUGGCUCGUCAUCACUUUGGUCUGGAGGCCACAGGGCAACGUCACUGUCCCUGACAUGUCCUGCAGCAUUGCUAACCAGGACUUUGUGAUGGCACUCAUCUAUGUAAUGGUUCUGCUGUUAGCUGUGGUGCUGAUGGCUAUACCCUCAGUGACACACAAGCAGAAGCAGUGGCGCAGAGAUGGAGCCUACAUCCUGGUCACAGGGCUCCUCACUGUGGCUAUCUGGGUAGCUUGGAUUGUCAUGUACAUCCAUGGGAACAGAGUGGCCGGGAAUCCAACUUGGGACGAUCCCACUCUGGCUAUAGCUGUGGUGUCAAACGCCUGGGUGUUCCUCUUCCUCUACACUAUCCCAGAAGUCUGCUUGCUGACUCUGAACAGCCCAGACCAGGAGGAGCCCCAUGAUGGAGAACAUAUCUAUCCCACCAAGAAACUGGUUUAUGACAACAUCCUCAAGGACGUGGAGACACCUCAUCAGAACGUGUACCUGGAGAACAAAGCUUUCACAAUGGACGAGCCUACAACAGUGCCCACAAAGCCAGUGUCUCCAUAUGGGGGGUACUAUGGUCAGGUGCGAAGCUGCGUUUACCAGCCCACUGAACUAGCCCUGAUAGCCAAUGGUCUGACAAAGAUGGACCAAGACGCUGGGAUGUGUCGACCCACAUCCCCCUUCAGGAGUUCAGGAGGCAGCAGCUCCCCGCCUCAAUCACCAAAUUCCUUACCAUCCUAGGGAGUGUGCCACAGGAAGACUGUAGAGAACACAUUGCACAUUCGGUUUUUAAAGCAAUGAAAUGAAUCCCCAACAGGCUUUUUUUCAAGCUUAAGAGUUCCUAAUAGCAAAUGUAAUGCAUCGUCCAUUUCUCUUCCUCAGGAAGAUGCUUGAAUCUACUUAGUUUCCUCUGUUUGUGCAGUAGGCAGAGUUUGAUAAAUAAAAUAUUACAAUAACUGUAGACCGGCGGCCGAUGUUUUCAUAGCCGAUCUUAAGAUUUCCAUAUGGAAAGGUUCACAAGUUUAGCUCCUCUAUUUUACUUCCAUUCUCACCAGUAUAUGGAAACUAGUGCUUCCAUCUUUACUGUCAACUGUUAAAUCAGAAAUCCAGAAAGAACAGAGUCUACUGUAUGCAUCUUUCUUUGAGUUAAAGUCAAUCUUAGGUGACAACUGAUCAACUGUGUUGUCGGUUCCAGACAUGAACUCCUUCGGUGCAUGUGUGAAAGCAGCUUAUUUUAGUUGUGUAAAAAAACUAAAGAGAGGGAUUAAGUACCGGGGGAAUAAAGCAAGUGGCUAUAGCCUCAGUUGUGUGCAGUGUAAAGCCAAUGUCUUUGUCUAUACUGGUAUUGAUUACAUUAUAACCAAUGAUUUUUUUGUGCCGUAACAAUCUGCUGAUUCAAACUCGUCUGUUAAUAGGUUCACUUGUGAAAUAAUGUCAUUCAGACUUCCUUUGAAAGCCAUAUGAUUUUGUAGCAUCUUGGAUUUAUAAAGAAAUUAUAUAUAUUGUAUGUAUAAGGUGUAAAUUGUAAUGUAUUAAACCUGUAAAGCUUACUAAAGGCUGCUGGAUCAUUGGUUUUCCCCGGGAAACAACAAGAGGAGGCAGCCAGGAGGUGUCAGGUAUUGCAAGAGGAAGUUUGACCAGGCUUUCCAUCUGGAACAACCUAGAACCAUUAUUUACAUAUUUUGCUUGAUAAGGUCGUAGGGGCUGGCACGCACUUUGAGCUGAACAAUUUUUUCACUGCUUUACAAGGAAAAAACAUGGCAACAAUAAAUCCAUGUA